AUGCACCGAUAUAUUCGAGUACGAAGGAUAAAUUUUGCGAACCUUAGCAUUGGGGAUGCAUGCUUGAGGAAAUUUUUGACAAGAGAAGAAGGGAUGUGGAAGAGAAGGGAUUUAAAACCAGGUUCUUUGCUGCAUCAAUUGCCCAUCGACAUUGGGACAGUUUAUGGUAUAUCUGGCCGGCGUGAAGAUAGUACCAUCUUUAUUGGCUUUACUAGUUUUCUUUCUCCUGGCAUCAUAUAUCAGUGUGAUCUACAGAAUGAGGUUCCAGAUAUGAAGAUCUUCUGUGAAAUUGUAGUUUCUGGAUUUGAUCGUUCAGAGUUCCAUGUCAAUCAGGUUUUUGUGUCUAGUAAGGAUGGCACCAAGAUACCAAUGUUCAUAGUAUCUAGAAAGAAUAUUUCUUUGGAUGGAUCACACCCAUGUUUGUUAUAUGGUUAUGGCGGAUUCAACAUUAGCCUCACGCCAUCCUUUAGCAUCAGUCGUACUGUACUCACAAGACACUUUGGAGCUGUUUUCUGCAUAGCAAACAUUCAUGGUGGCGGCGAGUAUGGAGAGGAAUGGCACAAAGGAGGGUCCUUGGCAGAAAAGCAGAACUGCUUUGAUGAUUUCAUCUCUGCUGCUCAGUACCUCAUUUCUGCAGGUUAUACCCAACCCAAAAAGUUGUGCAUUGAAGGGGGAAGCAAUGGGAGACUUCUUAUUGGAGCUUUGUAUAAAUCAGGUUUUGUAACUACCAGUUGAUUCUGUUGGCUUGCUUGAUUGGGUAGCUCCAUAUUUAUCUAAAGCUUGAUUGUUGUCAGAGACCUGAUCUUUUCGGCUGUGCUUUGGCUCAUGUUGGUGUUAUGGACAUGCUGCGAUUUCACAAAUUUACUAUUGGGCAUGCAUGGACUUCUGAUUUUGGUUGUGCGGACAAAGAGGAAGAAUUCCAGUGGUUGAUUACGUAAGUUGUCCUUCACCUUUACCUAAGGUUUUAGCUCUGUUCAAUGCUUUUGUGUAGGAAGAACUUGAACGCCGUUGGUUUCAUUGGUGACUGAAUAAACUCGUUGGAUGCACACACAGAAUCUUUUAUCCGCCCCGCUUCUGGGAAACUUUUACCUCUCCGCAUCUGCAUGGCGCCGGGAUUUUUCCGGCCCUCAUAUGUUGUUUGGCCUCACAUUGCUCCUUUUAAUCCCAGAAGUUUUAUCUGUUUAUUUACCAUGAUUAACAGGAAUUGCUGAUUUAUGUCUUGUUAGGUACUCGCCGUUGCAUAAUGUGAGGAGGCCAUGGGACCGAUAUCCGGAUGAUCGAUGAAGCUGCCGAUCUCUAUGGUUUCAUGGCGAAGAUGCUGGAUGCUUCCUGGAUCGAGUAGAUGAAGUCGAUCAAUCGAUCAUAAAAUGCCGUGUUUCUUGUGUAAUUUGACAUUCAGGAUUGCAGUUUAAGUUGAUUCUCUCUCUUUCCUGUAGACAUUGUAGAUAAUUGAUUGUUAAUCAUUAGUUUCACAAUGUCUGGAGAACUUUCUCUCGAAUUGUAAACCAAACACAUUGUGAUAGUAGGACAGAUAGAACAACAGAAUGAUGCUACUAAGAAGCUUUGCAGCUUAAGUUGGAUUCUCUUCUUUCUUGAAGCCA